CCUGAAUGAGGCAUCUCUGAAGAAAAUACUCGCCUGCUUCUCUCGUUCGCUGCCGGAGUUGUUCGUGGGAUCCUCCAAGGGUCCUCGCACCCAAAGGCCCGAGCCGAAGCCGACGGCGAGCUGCCGGGUCGCCGGCGGCGAGAUGCAAGAAACAAACUCCCACCGGCGCCAUUCCUGCUCUGUAACCCCACGCGUGCCCCGCUACCUGCGCACCGCCGCGGCCCUGGCCGCCGCGGUCCAGAGCGUCAUCAGCGCGCCCCCGCCGCGCCCCGAGUCGCAGAGCCUCCACGCGCAGCUCCUCACCUCCGGCCUCCGCCCCACCGCCGACCUCUCCGUCAAGGUCCUCAUCCUGCACCUGCGGUGCGGCUCCCACCGCAACGCCCGCGCGGUGUUGGACGGAAUGCCCCGCCCGACCAACGCCGCGCACAACUACCUCGUCGCCGGGUACUUCCGCAUGGGGCUCCCCUGGGAGGCGCUGGGGAUCGUGCGGCGGCUCGCGGCCUCCACGGGCCGCCUGGACGUGUUCGCGCUCUCCAUGGCGCUCAAGCUGUCGGCGGCGCUGGCGCUGCCCCGCGCGGCGAGGGAGGUCCACGCGCGCGUCGUCAGGUCGCUCGCGGAGCUCGACGACAUCCUCGUCGCGGCGUUGGUGGAUGCCUACGUGAAGAACGCGUCGCUGGGCUAUGCUCGGCGGGUGUACGGCAUGGUGCCGAAGCCGGGCAUGGUGUGCUCGACGGCGCUGAUCGUCGGCUGCAUGAACCAAGGGCUGUACAGGGACGCCGAGGCCAUAUUCGACGGGAUGGAGGAGAAGGACGUCGUGGUGUACAACGCAAUGGUGGAGGGGUACAGCAAAACGGAGGAGACCGCGGAGAGCUCGCUCGAGGUGUUCAAGGCGAUGCAGCGAGCGAGGUUCCGGCCGACGGUGUCGACAUGCGUGAGCGUGCUUGGCGCGUGCUCGCUCUUGUCGUCGCCGGAGCUCGGGGAGCAGGUGCACUGCCAGGUCAUCAAGAGCAAGGUCAUCUCUGACAUCAAGGCGGGGAGUGCGCUGCUCGACAUGUACUCCAAGUGCGGCCGAGUUGAGGAGGGGCGGAGGGUGUUCGACGGGAUGGCAGAGAGGAACGUCAUCACAUGGACUUCGAUGAUCGACGGGUACGGGAAGAACGGCCUUUCAGACGAGGCUCUCUUGUUGUUGGAGGAGAUGCGGGGGCAGCAGCAGGGCGUCAGGCCAAAUCAUGCCACAUUCCUGAGCGCCCUGUCGGCGUGCGCGCGCGCCGGACUGCUGUCCCGAGGCCAGGAGGUGUUCCAGAGCAUGGAGCGCGACUGCUCGCUCAAACCACGCAUGGAACACUACGCUUGCAUGGUGGACCUAUUGGGCAGGUUCGGCAGCGUGCGCCAGGCAUACGAUUUCGUCAGGGGGAUACCGGCGAGGCCAAACUCUGACGUGUGGGCGGCCCUCCUCGGGGCGGCCACCCUGCACGGCGACGUGGACAUUGCCAAUGUUGCGUCAAGGGAGGUAUUUGAGUUGAGCCGCGCCGGGAGACCGGGCGCCUACAUGGCCUUCUCCAACACCCUUGCGGCCGCCGGAAAAUGGGACUCUGUGCACCAAGUUAGAGAGAUGAUGAAACAGCGUGGUGUGCUCAAAGACGCAGCAUGCAGCUGGGUUGGGUCUGACAACUGUCCACCUGUCAACUGAUGCAAAUUAACGGUACCGGCGUCCUCAAAAAAGAAGGAAAGAAAAGGAAUACAGGUACCGGCCAUCCUGUUUAAAAAUUAUGUGAAGUUGGUAACAUUGAGCCAUGCCACCUUGUUACAUACCCGCACCUUGUUACUGUUUUAUGUCGAAUCAUUUACCAUGUAGUCCUAUUAUCGUUUGCUACCCGGUUCUUUUUAAUUCUCCCUUGAGUCGCAAUUCUGCUUAAUAAUUGACUAGUGUUAUAAUUAUCGAAAAUUAAUGCUACAUUUUGCCAUUUUCUGGUAUCUACUCCUUAUUCUGCCUUUCUGCAGUAGCAUAAGGGCCUAUACUCUUAACCUUGCUCAGGGGAGCUCUGUCAUCUAACUUGUGGUGUAGUGCUCCAUAUAGCUGUGACGAUUUACUGUAUGUUUGCAGCAUCUUACUGGUUUUAUGCUUAUAUCACUAAACAAGUUUGUUACUGACAAUUUUGCAUGAGAAAUCAGAGUUUGGGUAGCGGUGUCCUGAUUCUGAUUGUAGGCGAUAUGGAUUCUGAUUGUCUCCAUGCACCUGUUGCCAUCGAUUCAGCAUGGACAUGGAUGCCUGUAGUAGCACUGGCAGCAGUUCAUCAUCUCAGUCAGUUCCCAUACGGAAUAUAUGAUGGUUCCUUGACAGCAAUGUGUAAUUUUGAGGGCGCGCCUCAUGCAUCCUAAGUAGUUUUGACGGUAGUUCCUAACAUAGACGACCUUGGCUGUGUCAUCAACUGGAUUGCUACUCCGAGGUGUAUAUACUAUGCGUGUGUAUUAAUGCUUGUAAGCAUGCUGAAGAGGGUUUCCUGUUGGUAAAUCAU